AACCUUUGCUGUGGCAGAAACGAUCAGACAACAAGCCCACAUGCACCCUCGGCUUUUCUCCUACAUAGAGGUAAGCGGGACAGAGGCAGCUUGCUAACUGGAUGGCACAGGUCUGGGGGCAUGGAGCACAUGCUGACACAGAUGACCAUAGGACAUCAGGGAACCCUCUACACCUCUGCAGUCACAUGGUGAAUCAAGAGGCAAAUCCCAAAGUUUACUGAAACGCAGACUUCCUUGGAGUUCUGCAAUGCUAAGAGCGUGGGGAGCCUACAGAGUUUGCUUGCCAUACUGCCUGCAUUGGAAGUCCUCUUCCACAGGCCCUUAGGAGAUGAAGAGACAACCUGUCCAUAGCCUUGAGGAAUGACUUCUCUCAGUGCCUUUCUUUGGGCCUCCUUAGCUCUCCAGCAGCCUCAGCCAUUCCACUGAGAUCCUCUCCUUAUCCCUGUUGGGUAUGUCAGCUGCCAAUGUGUCUCAGCCAUGCAAGGAUUACAGCUUCUAUCACAAACUCCUCCUGCCUGGCUACAUUCUGAUAUUCAUCACAGGCUUGACUCUGAAUGUGAUGGCCCUGUGGAUAUUUGUUCGCUACCUGCGCCUGAAAUCAGUGGUGAUGAUCUACAUGUUCAAUCUGGCCGUGAGUGACCUCACCUUCACGCUCCCUCUACCACUGCGACUCUACUACUACUUCAACCACGAGUGGCCCUUUGGCAACACCCUGUGUCAGGUCUCCGGCUCUGUCUUCCAGAUCAACAUGUAUGGUAGCUGCAUAUUCCUCAUGUGCAUCAACCUGGAUCGCUAUAUUGCCAUUGUGCACCCACUUCGCUGGCGGCACCUGCGGCGUCCCAAGGUGGCCAGGCUCCUUUGCCUGGUGGUCUGGGUCGUGAUCCUCAUGGGCUCCAUCCCCACAGCCAUAGUUCACAAGCAAAACCACUGUGAGUCACAGAACCAGACUACUUAUCUGUGCUUUGAAAGCUUUAGUGAUAACAUGUGGCAGAAGAACCUCUUCCCUCUGGUCGUCCUGGCUGAAAUCCUGGGUUUUCUCCUGCCACUGAGCGCUGUGACAUAUUGCUCCAUUCAGAUCUUUCGGGAGCUCUGUCAGACCAGACAGCCAAAAACACUGCGGCAACAGAAGACAGUUCGUCUCCUCUUGGUCAAUCUGGUCAUCUUUGUCAUAUUCUUUGUGCCCUACAACACUACCCUGGCUGUAUAUGGUUUGAUAAAGGCCAGGGUGAUUGAUGUCGAGAAGCAAAUGCAGGCCUCCGUGCGUGAGGUGCUAAUUGUGACAAUGAUGUUGGCCAGUAUGAACUGCACACUGGACCCCCUGAUCUACUAUUUCAGUACUGAAGGUUUCCGUAACACCUUUAAGAAACUGCGGCGGGGACAAACCUGGCACUCAGAUACAGGGGUGAUUAGGAAUCAGGUUGUGGAACAAAAGUCAACCCGAAACCACGCUGCCUCCACAGCAAAACAGUUACCAUCUGAAAACUUUCACUGUCCUGGUGAAGCUGUGCCAGCACUUCCUACUACAGUAUUUUUGAAUGGCCCUAUUGAGGACUCAGAAAUUUAACCACAGAAAGCCCCUAGCAUUGCUGAGUUUCAGGGUGGCCCAUUCAAUAAUUACAUCAAGGCUGUGGAAAACAGCUCAGGGUUACUUAGCUAACUGAGAGAGCAUGGCUAUAUGUGGGUGAAUGUGGUGAUACAAAGCUGAAGGAUGAAAAGUUGUUUUCAAUAAACACAGGUACAUUGA